ACCGGAAGUCCCUCCCCUUCUAGCUUCCUCUGCUGAACUUUGUCCGCCUGUCAGAGCCGCUCAGCUCCGCACAACUUUUUUUUAAAGCAAAAUGGGCGAUAAAGGCAUAUCCGACGAUGCGGUGGCUGCUGCAUGCAAAGAUGGAAACCCCAUAACUAAGGAUUUUAUGAUGCAGCAAACGAUGCUGAGGGUGAAAGAUCCAGUGAAAUCUUUGGAUUUUUACACCAGAAUUCUUGGCAUGACGCUCCUGCAGAAGCUUGACUUCCCCUCUAUGCGGUUUUCUCUCUUCUUCUUGGGUUUUGAGGAUAAGAAGGAGAUCCCUGCAGAUGUGAAGGAAAAGACGGCCUGGACGUUCUCCAGGAGAGCCACCAUCGAGCUGACGCAUAACUGGGGGUCAGAAAAUGAGGAGCAGACGUAUCACAAUGGAAACUCGGAUCCUCGUGGUUUUGGACACAUUGGAAUCGCGGUUCCUGAUGUUUAUGCCGCCUGCAAACUUUUUGAAGAACAAGGAGUCACGUUUGUGAAAAAACCAGAUGACGGUAAAAUGAAAGGCCUGGCCUUCAUUCAGGACCCUGAUGGUUACUGGAUUGAGAUCCUGAGUCCCAACAACAUGGUGUCCAUCACCUCAUAAGCAGCUGACGGGGGGGGGGCGGGCUGUAGCGUCUCAGGGAGAGCACCGGGGGGACAGGAAACGCUUAUUUACCUCCACAGGGACAUUCAGUGCGCCGCACAGGAAGCUGGACCGACACCGGACACUCGCCGAGCGUUCUCUGCAAACCUGUGGACCUCGUCUGCCGUCACCAGACUUUCAGGUGGGGGCUGAGGCAAAGAGCUGGAUGUUCAAUAAAUGUUAAAGAUUUAUUCCUUUAGAGUUUUUGUUUGGAUUUACAAGACGGCUGUUAGAAACACAAAUGAUGAACAACUGAGAAUUUAAACUGACAAUAAAAAGAAAAAUAGGGUAAAGUUAGAAAAGGUACAAAUUAAAGAAACUAAAAUCUGUGAAACAAAAAUGAAAUGGAAGCAACCUGUAAUAAAAUAAAGAGAAUUUAAAUCAAA